CGAUCGUACACGCUAAACCAGAACAGGUAAUUUCAAGAGCACCCUGACUCCUCUUUCCCGGGGCUGGACCGGGAGCGCUAACAAUUAUCUACCGACGCCGAGAAGUUCGACAGCACAGGGCAUAAACUCACCCAGCUGAACUUGUAUGAGGCAAACAUCUUUCUUUCAUAACCAACCGGCCUGGGGUCAAAGUGAUAACCACUCGCGCGCCCUUUAUCGUAUUCACUUUCUCACACUUUGACACCCAAAGACAGCAAGCAGACAAGUGAAAACCGCAGCCAUGAAGAUCACACAGCUCUACGUCUACCCCAUAAAAGCCCUCCGCCCCAUCCCCCUCCAACACGCCCAACUCACCCCCCAAGGCAUCAAAUAUGACCGCACCUUCAUGCUCUACCACGUCAAAACCAAAGCCGACGGCAGCUCCAUGUCCACCGAGUUGAAGAAGAUGCAACUCUCUUCCUACCCGCAAUGCGCCCUCUUCGAACAGACCAUCCUCUCGCGCGAAGACAGCCAGAAGGAGGUUCUCGUGAAAUGGCACGCUCCGUCUCUGCCCACCGGGGGCAGUGAAGGUGGAGAGGAGCUGGAGCAGGAGCAGGCAGAGAGGGAAAAGCUAAAGAGGCUGGAAGCGGAGACGAUUACCGUUGAGCUCGAUCCGCCGCCGAGGAUUGAGGAGCUGGAGAAGGUAGAGGUGGAUUUGCAUGGGAGCCCGACGACGUGCUACAAGGUCGGGGAGGAGUAUGAUCGGUGGUUUUCGGAGCGGUUUGGGUUUGAGGUUGUUUUUGUUUAUCUUGGGGAUGGGAAAAGGCAGAUUUUGGGGACGAGUUUGCUACCGCCGACGACAGCAUCGGGAGCGCACUCACACUCACACGCUAGCUCGCGGCGUCAGUCCGGAAAAUUGACCCCCCAGCAGCAGCAGCAACAACAUCCGCAGCAAAAGUCCGGAGGAGGAGGGGGAUGGCUCUCCAGCCUAGCGAGUUUAACCUCCUGGUUCCCCACCGUCCCGAUCUCCGUUCCUGGGUUCGUCGCCAUCCAAGCAGAACGCGAAGAAGAGGAACAACAACCGAAGCCGUGGAUUACGUUUACCGACGUGGCGCCUUUGCUGAUCACCUCAGAAUCUUCCCUCUCUAACGUCUCCGCCCGCCUCGCCCCUGAAACGACCGAAUCCACCGAAUCUACCGAAUCCACACACCCUCAGGUCCCAAUGUAUAAAAUGCGCCCUAACCUCGUCCUAGACGGUAAAGGGGAGGAAGCUUGGGCAGAGGAUUACUGGGGUGAACUUGUCGUUACUUCUUCCGCGAAGUCUUCACCAGCAACAGAAGCGAACGGGACUACCACGAGGAUCAAGAAAACGAAAACCAAACUCCACCUCACAGGCAACUGCGCCCGCUGCACCAGUCUAAACGUCGACUAUGACACGGGCAAGACGGCCAAAGGGGAGAUGGGGACUGUACUCAAGAAGCUGAUGAAGGAUCGGAGAGUAGAUCCGGGGAUGAAGUGGAGUCCUGUGUUUGGACGGUAUGGGUUUGUGGGGGAGACGGCUGUUGAUGAGGACGGGGAGGAGCAGGACAUGGAGGAAGGGGAGGAGGAGCGAGAAGAGGACAUGGAGCGGGAAGUGUGGAUUAGUGUGGGCGAUGAGGUGCAGGUGACGAAGAGGAAUGAGGAGAGGACGGUUAUGGAUUGGCCGUUUUAGGUGCCUUCCUACGCGCGUGAAAGGGCUGAGGGGGCAUGGGAAUCAUGAAGAUGGGCUGAGGGAGG